CAACCGAUCCAUCGACCGAUCGACCGGGUGCGAAGCCUCUCUACUCGAUUUUUCUCGCAAUACACACUCUCUCGCAUCGCCCCGCUGUCUGCCCCCUCAAUCCUGUUCGCAAAGUCGUCUUCCAAGAUCCCACUCAAAAAUCGCCGUUCCGAUUGUCUGUUGAUGAAAGAAGCACGCGAUGGCUUCGUACUUUGGCCGCCUCGAACAUGACGGUCGCCGCCUCGGCGCAGAUCUCGACCUGAUUGCGAAAUGGGCUCGUGCUUUCAACCUGCGCCACCCGAUUCACUCGUACUACCUGACACAGCUCUCCGACGAUGACCGGGCGAAGCUGUUCUCUGGUCCCGCGCAGGAGUUCCGGCUCCUGCAGGGGCCCAAUGACACUCUGAAGCUUGAAACUGUCAAGGACGAGGUCGACCGCAUCGAUCCCGACGUUCAGGCCAUGAUGCGCUCCAACGGCUAUCUGCGAUCUGAGGCUAAACGGUUCGAAAUACUGGACGCGAUCGAAGAUGCUCAGGAUGAGGCACAAGCCGCUGCCGCUCUGGCCCUGUCUAAGGCCCUUUUGAGCGGAAUGGACGGCCCACCCGCAGAAAAAUUGUCCAAACAAGUUGCCGACAAGAUUCUGGAUUCUGCUGCGUACAGGGUCAAAGCUCAGUGGCGCGCUGCCAGGCAUGAGCGGUUGCGGAACAUGACCAGCGAGCCUGCAAACUGCUCUGGGCUCGACGGUGUCGCAUGCCAAGACACGCCUACCAAGGAGACAGCCGGCAGCCCCGUGGGUCCCGAUUUUAUCGCCCGUUGGAAUGCCACCCUCCGCGAGCGGUUUCCCGGCCUCGCCGUCAACGGCUCACUUUCGUUUGAACCCGCCACUGAUUCGUUGGAAGACACCCGUGCCUGUAAGUCGAACUCGGACAAAGGGACCGCCAAGAUCUUCACAUCCGAUUUCACCGAUGUUGUCGACAAUCAAGCUACACCGCAUCAAAAGCCUGCCGCUGAAGCCGUGUCUCCCAGCGGUUCCGUGCCGGAAUAUGGCAGCGAGACCUCCGCCGGCUCUGUGCAUUGGAGCAGUCCUGGAUAUUCUGCAGGAGACAGUCUUUCGUCUCCAGACAUCGACUCUGUGUUUGGUCCCCUCGAUGAUGCAGACGGCGGCGUGGCUUUGCUGCCAUCCAGUCUCGCCGACGAGCUUGGAUUGACGGACGAAUCUGAGGUUGCCACACCCACUCCAGCGUUACACCAUCUUGGCGCAGGCCUUGAACAGGCGUACCUCACUGUUCGCUCGGGCUUCAAUGCCAUGUCUGCCGACUCCGUCUCGAGCACGUUCAAUUCUGUGAACGCGCCAACCACCUCGGAUCCAUUUGCUACCCAAGGGGCACGCGACAACAACACCGCAGCACAAGACAGCACCCUGGAAGCUUCGCCGGGCCCCUUUUCAUUGACUUCCUCCAAACCCCACAAGUAUCCGUUGGCCAAAGAGCAGCCCUGGAUGGGAUUCACCUGCUACGAGGUUGCAUCCAACCUCGGCAAUGGCCAGCUGGUCCCCAAAUACUGGACCACCAAGCGUGGCAAGGAGCGCUACCUUCGGUACAAGAUUGGUGAUCUCAAGCUCGACGACGCCAAGCUGCGUUCCGACCGGGUUUCGGGUGCUGUUGCACGCAAUCCCGUCCACGUCUUUGUCGACCUUUCGAACAUAAUCAUUGGGUUCUACGACAGCAUGAAGGAGAGCCGCGGGAUUCCUGUGAACAAGCGCAUCAUUGCUCCCCCAUUCUCGUUUAAGAACUUUGAUACCAUCCUCACUCGCGACCGAAAUGUCGCCAAGAGGAUUGUCGCCGGUUCUCUGAGCAACUCGCACACCAAACGGUGGCCUGGAUACAUGCUUCAGGCCCAGGAGCUCAAGUACGAGAUGAACAUUCUGGAGCGCGUUCCCAAGCCUGCCUCGGCUUUGCGUAACCGCAAGUCGAAGGCCGGAGCCCGAGACCGCGAGUCUGCUACGUCUGGAGCUGACACCUCAGGCGACGACUUCGUUCUGGGCCCGAUGAAGCAUGGUGAACAAGGGGUGGACGAACUGCUCCAUCUCAAGAUCCUCCAGAGCGCGAUGGAUACGCCGAAUCCCGCUACCGUGGUCCUCGCCACGGGCGAUGCAGCAUCUGCGCAGUACUCGGAUGGGUUCAAGAAGAACAUCGAACGCGUGCUCUCGCACGGCUGGAACCUUGAACUGUACGCCUGGCGCCGCAACAUCUCGUCAGCCUGGCGCGAGCCGGAGUUUGCCAAGAAGUGGGGCCACCAGUUCAAGAUCAUCGAACUUGACGGAUUCUGCGAGGAGCUUUUUGACAUGACCAUCGAGUCUUUGGAGCAUUAAGCUCCCUCCUCGGCUGCCGUCUUGCAGGUAGCGAUCCAGGGCUACCGUGUUUUUCGGCUCUCGACAUUCUGUCGUACCUCGCGAUGGCGAUGUCUGAUGACAGGAUCCUUCCAGCCUGUCACCAAGGCUCUUUUGAGCCCAAGUCCAUGCUGUCUAAUGCAGCGUUUUUGGAUGAGACAAUCUCUCAUCCAGCAUCGAGGUGGCAG